CCUGUGAGGUCAUUGCCCGUUAGCUGUUUCCUAUAUAUAUACAUGUUCUUCGGUGUUUGUAAAAAGCUAUAGACACCUUGCAUUCCAGUCUCAUUUUGCUCUGCCCUUUGCAAUCAUCUUCCUUCGUUUCCUUUGAUCAUUUCCAAACAGGAUAACAACAUGGCUGAAAUUGCAAUUGCAGCUGCAGGCAUGUUUAUCUCUCCCAUUGUCCAAGUGUUUUUUGAAAGAAUGGCGUCUGGCGACUUCAUUGACUUAUUUCGAGGACAAAAACUCGAUGGCGGGCUCUUAACGAGGUUGAAAAUAAAAUUGCUGUCCGUGAAUGCAGUGCUUAAGGAUGCGGAGGACAAGCAAUUUACAAGGCCUGAUGUGAAAGUGUGGGUUGAUGCUGUCUAUAAUGCUGUCUAUGAUGCUGAGCAAGUCUUGGACGAGAUUUCUACCAAAGCCCAGCAACGCAAGUUGGAUGCUGAAUUUGAAAACUUUGGAAGUAAGGUACGUAACUCCAUCUCUAGAUCUACUUCUCGUUUUGUCAAGAAGGUAGAAAAACAGAUAGAAGAGCUACUUGGCACACUAGAUUUUCUAGUAGAUCAAAAGGAGAAUUUAGGUUUGAGAGAAGGUACUGUUGGAGGGAAUCCAUCAGAAAGACUACCCACCACUUCUUUGGUUGAUGAAUCUCGUAUUUUUGGUAGAGACGAUGAUAAAGAGGCAAUAAUUAACUCGAUGCUCUUAGAUAGUGCAAGUGGCGAUGAGACGGGCCCGGGUGUGAUUGCCAUAGUCGGCAUGGGGGGAAUUGGUAAAACCACCCUUGCUCAGCUUGUUUACAACGAUGACAUGCUGAAGGAGCAUUUUGAGUAUAAAGCAUGGGUUUGUGUUUCAGAUCCAUUUAAUGUGGUCAUGGUCAUGAGAACAAUUAUAGAGGGAGUAACUGGAUCACCUUGUGAUAUUAAGGAUAAUUUAGAUCAGCUUCAAAAUGAUCUUAAGGAUAGAUUGACAGGAAAGAAAUUCCUAGUUGUUUUAGACGAUGUUUGGGAGAAGAAUGAUGCCAAAUGGGAGGUCUUACGUAAUGCUCUUAAAUUUGGGGCACAAGGAAGUAAGGUUAUUGUAACGACACGCGAUCAUGAGGUGGCAAGAAUCAUGCACGGUAGAUAUCAUCCUAUAACGGAUUUAUCAAAAAAUGAUUGUUUGUCACUACUUGCAAAAUAUGCAUUAAUCCCGAAUGGUAACUUUAAUGCAUAUCCACAACUUAAAAAAAAGGGAAGCCAAAUCAUAGAAAAGUGCAAAGGCUUACCUUUAGCAAUCAGGGCAAUUGGGGGUGUUUUGCGGUCUAAUUUAUGUGUUGAUGAAUGGGAUAAGAUAUUGAGAAGUGAAUUAUGGGAUUCACCAAUUACACAUACAGACAUCCUUCCUGCUCUAAUUUUAAGUUAUAAAUAUCUUUCGCCACCUAUAAGGCGAUGCUUUGCAUAUUGCUCCAUAUUUCCAAAGGAUUAUGCUUUCCAAAAAGAUGAAUUAGUCUUAUUAUGGAUGGCAGAAGGUUUUUUGCCGCAACCUCAAAACAAAAUAAUGGAAGAAGAAGGUGAUGAUUACUUCCUUGCUCUUGUAUCGAGAUCAUUGUUCCAACAAUCCAAGAGCAAUAAGUAUGAUGAUGAUAAAUAUGUAAUGCAUGAUCUUGUCAGCGAUUUGACAAAGUUUAUCUCUAAAGAGUACACUUUAUGCCACAAAGAUGACUAUUCUCGUGAAAUUCUAAGCAAGACUUGUCAUUUCUCGUUCCCUUCCAAAAAUUUUGAUAUUAAGAAGUUAAAGACCUAUCACGAAUCUAUGAGGUUGCGCACUAUCAUAGGUUUAAAUAGAUUCUCAAUUGAUGAUAUCGGAUCUGGACUCAAAUUUUUAUUACCGCUGAUAAGAUGCUUACGAGUCCUUAUUCUAUCUUAUGGGGCGAUAAGUGAGUUGCCAGACUCAAUUGGUAAAUUUAAACAUUUACGUUAUUUGAGCCUUCGUAACUCUUGGAUUAAAAGGUUGCCUCAUUCCAUAUGUAAAUUGUGCAAUUUGCAAAUAUUGAAUUUAUCGUAUUGUGAACGUCUUGCAGCCUUGCCAAGAGAUAUGCAUAAACUCAUUAAUUUGCGUCAUCUUGAUAUUGUUGGAACUGAGAUAAUGGAGAUGCCGAUAAAUCUGGGUAAACUAAAAUGUCUCCAGACAUUAUCUACAUUUAUCGUUAGCAAUAGUGGAUGUGGCAUUGAAGAGCUAGGGAAACUUACAAAUCUUCGGGGAUCACUUUCUGUUUUGAAUCUCCAAAAUAUUGAAUCUCCAACGGAUGCUGAGGGCAGAAACUUGAGGGAUUUGAAGUACCUUAAGAAUUUGGUAUUGGAGUGGAAAGGUGAUACUUAUGCUUCGGAAACGGAAAGUCAUAAAAUCGUACUUGAUAGUCUCCAGCCGUAUACAAACUUGGAAAGCCUCACUAUCGAAGGCUAUGGGGGUAUAAGUUUUCCAGACUGGGUUGGGGAUGCCUCAUUCUCUAAUAUAACAUCUCUUCGUCUACAAAACUGUAACUUUUGUUGUAGAUUACCACCAAUUGGGCAACUACCCUCUUUGCAGGACCUUUGGAUUGGUAGGUUGGUUAGAGUUGUUACAAUAGAUUGUCAGUUUUUUGGCAAUGUAUCUCCUUCAAUGAAGCCAUUUGGAGCCUUGAAAUCUCUAUGGUUUUCUGAUAUGUUGGAGUGGAAGGAAUGGUCUCCUUUUGAGGCUGAAAACGAAGGUCGAGCUUUUCCUUCUUUAGCUGAACUGUCCAUUUAUAACUGUCCCCAGCUGGUGGCUUCAAUCCCUAGGACUUCUUCUCUACGUAAACUGACGUUUACAAAUUGCAAUACGGUUCUAUUAAACGAAUCCUUGAUUGGAAUACAGGAGCUUAGCAUCAACAGCUGUUGGAAGUUAGAGCUCCCAAACAUUGACGUUGAAAAAUUGACGUUGGACGAUUGUGGUUUUCUCAAGUCCUUUCCAUUGUUCCCAAAGCUUCGUCAUCUGGAAAUCUUGGAUUGUAAGGAUAUAGAAUCUCUUACAGUUGGAGACCAACAUGAACAAGAUUUACUCCUCUCGCGGAUAGAAAUCAAUGGGUGCCCUAAUUUUGCAUAUUUUCCACAUGGAGGAUUGCGGGCCCCUAACCUUAAACAUUUUACGAUCAAACAUUGUAGGAGUCUUCGGUCACUACCUGACAACAUGCAAAUACUUCUUCCCUCUCUUGAGAUAUUGGACAUGGAAGAUUGUCCACAAGUUGAGUCGUUUCCUGAAGGGGGCUUGCCUUCCAAUUUGAAUGAAAUUAUCAUCAGUCAGUGCCCUAAUUUUGCAUAUUUUCCAAAAUGA